AUGAACCAUUCACCUCCACGCAAGAUUCAUCGCUGGCACCUUGCUAUCGCCAAGCUUCAUCUCAAACGUGGGCAUCGUCGCCCCAGCUCGAAGGCAAGUGAGGACGUCCACAACAUAGCUUCCGAAGUGGGCGACGGUCCCAUGGAGGACCAGAGGGAUGGCUUCUAUCGUUACUCGGAGACUCUUCUCGAGGAAGAGGAAAAGGCGCUGGCUUUGGCCUUGCAGAAGACUCGCUCUUCCCAGCAGACACAAACCUCCAGCUCUGACGGCUACGUGAUGGCUCUCAGCCAACGCCCAUCUCGCCCAUACCGAGUCAGCUCUGACGAAUGGGUCAUUCCUUCGACUCCCUCGUCCUCGCCCCGUGUGCUGUCCCUGGACGACCUGAGUGACGUGCAGCUCUCAACUCACUUUGGCAACGUUCUGAACAUCUUGGUCAAGCUGUAUGCAAUGGCAAAGCUUCUGCAGGUGGUGUUCCUGAGCUACGGUGUGGAGCUGGACGUUUCCGAGAACAGCCUCAUGUUCUGGAUUGAUCGGACCGAGGCAGAGGUCCGUACCCAGUCACUGGCUCUCUUGAUCCAUACCACGGAGAACCUGUACUACUCCUUGUAUGCGCGGGUCGUGCUGGAGAUGGCCAACAUCGAGCUCUGCUCGUGCUUCAACAUCGACGUGCGUCCCCGACACAUUCGUCCGCAGUUCAUCUUACCCGAUGCCGAUCAUCUGUAUCGCAUUUUCUUGGUGUGCAAAGACGCCCUCGACGGCGAUGGCAUCUGCGAGGCCCUCCAGCAGGGUGUGGUCAUGCAGCAUCAGGAGGACUACAUCAAUCACGUCACCGCGAAGGAAGCUGCCAGGGGUUUUGCGACCGAUGACCUGCUGGGAUAUCGUCGCUAUGCGCUCAGCAUUGUCUCGGAGCGCUCGUCGGACUUUUGCAAGAAGUGGGAGUUCCUCACGCCGUUCUUCUGCGACACCCCUCCGGAGAUCAUCACGAUCCUGUCGGAGAAGUACCUUACGGCGAUCCCGAAGCGCAUGCCCGACGUGGACCGGUCGUACCAUGACCUGCCUUUCACCGACCCGAAGACCAUCGAUCCCGUGGUGUGGGAGAAGGAAGUCAUCCAAAACCACCGUCUGGCGACACUGGCCAAGCUCGAGGGCAAGUCGAUCGGGGACGAGCGCCUCGCCGACUCCCAGUUCAACUUGCUGCAUCUGGUACAGGAGCACAAAUGCAUUUGCUCAUCGGUCUGUUCGUGCGCGCACGAUUGCACCAUGGAUGUCGAGCGCCCGUGCCCCUGCGCAGAGCGGCAGCUGCGCAUGCUGCUGGCCAAGGGUCGCACGGGGCCCGGGUCUUCGAAUUUCAUCAAUCGCAUGAACGGCCUGGCGCGCAGCUGCUUCGAGGAACUAGCCAUGACCCGGCGGGACGCGACAGAUGAAGACAUGAUCAUGAAGCUGGGUGUGGUGUUGGAGAUGUUCGACCUGGAAGUCUACCAGGAGCGCACCGCUGCUGCCCUAUCGGCAAUUUUCUAA